GAUAGAAAUGGCAGCAUGAGACUGACGGUCGGGACCCACUUGGGGUGGCUGGGUGGACUGGAGACAGGAAUCAUCGUCCACUCGUUGUUCCCCGCCACCAACCAGAAGCAGAAGCAGAAGCAGAGCAGCCAUCCGCUUUCCCCGCCGCCGCCGCCGCUGCCCCCGCCAAUCUCCUUCUCCGCGGGCGGCGCCGCCAUGCUCCGGCUCAGGUGCUGCCUCCUCACCCAGAUCCUCUCGUCUCCCUCCGCCUCCCCCAUCUCCCACCUGAGCCGCCUCAUCUCCGCCGCCGCGCCCGCCGUCUCCCAGAACCCUAACUUCGCCGUGGAGGACUACCUCGUCGUCACAUGCGGCCUCACCCCAGCGCAGGCCCGCAAGGCCUCCCCCAGGAUCUCCCACCUCAAAUCCCCCACCAAUCCCGACGCCGUCCUCGCCUUCCUCGCCGGCCUCGGCCUCUCCGCCGCCGACAUCGCCGCCCUCGUCGCCAAGGACCCGCUGUUCCUCUGUGCCAAAGUGGAGAAAACCCUAUCCCCCGUCGUCGCUGGGCUCACCGGCCUCGGCCUCUCGCGGUCUCAAAUCGCGCGCCUCGUCUCUCUCCCCGGUGUCACUUUCCGCUGUAAAUCCAUCAUCGCCGGGCUGCACUACUGCUUGCCCCUCUUCGGCUCCUCCGACAACCUCCUCCGAGCCCUCAAGGGUGGCUCCGUUCUCGGGUCCGACCUCGAGCGGGUGGUCAAGCCCAAUGUCACCUUCCUGCGCGAGUGCGGGCUAGGUGCUUGUGAUAUUGCCAGGCUCUGCAUACCUACGCCAUCGCUGCUCAGCAUCAGCCCGGAACGCAUCCGGACAGCAGUGGCGUGCGUCGAAGGUCUUCUUGGUGUACCCCGUGGAUCUCCGAUGUUCAAGCAUGCGUUACAAGCUGUUGCAUUCCUCAGCGAGGAGAAAAUCACCACCAAAGUGGAGCACUUGAAGAAAACCUUCAAGUGGUCGGAUGCUGAGGUGGGCAUUGCUGUUUCUAAGGCUCCAACAGUGCUACAUAGGACUAAGGAAUCGCUGCAGCGCAGGUCUGAGUUCCUCAUCUCCGAGGUGGGGUUGGAACCGGCAUAUAUUGCUUGUCGUCCGGUAAUACUCAUGUACAGCUUGGAGGGCCGGCUCAGACCCCGAUACUACGUCAUCAGAUUUCUCAAGGAAAAUGGAUUGCUAGAUCACGACCGGGACUACUAUGCUGCAGUCAUGAUCAGCGAGAAGGUAUUCGUCGAGAAGUUCAUAUGCCCUCAUAAGGAUGCUGCACCGCAUCUCGCUGAAGAUUAUGCAACAGCUUGCAGAGCGGAGGUUCCAGCUAGAUUCAGUUUUACAUGAACCAAGACUAAUAAGAAAAUUGAGAAGCAAACCGAUGCUUGUAUGGUAUGGUGCCGAAAAGCAGAGGGCAAAGGAGAUGGUCGAUGCUAAUACCUGCGAAGAGAUGUGAUUUAAAGAUCAACUGUGUGUCCCUUCUCUGGUACUUGUUGAAAUUGUAGACAAGAUUAAUGAAAUCUAGGCGAGGGGAACGGGUCGAAUGAUGAAGUGACUUACCACCAGGUGAAGAUGUGCUGAAACCGGAUGUAGAUGGUGCUUUUUUUCUUCUUCCAGGAAACGAGACGAAACAUGGCGGCAAUGGCUUGGCUGUACUAUACAUUAUUCUGAAGGUUCUGUUAGUUUUUGACACCCUGAAGCUUCAGCAACAAAGACGGAAAGACCACCGCGGACGUGAGGAUGACCAGGAGAGCGGCACCAACUGGAGGAUGAUGUAGUACUGCUUCUGUUUCCAGAUCAAACUCAACAAGGUUGUAUACCAACUGAACUUUUACACGAAGAGGAGAGCCUAAUGAUGAGAUAUUCAGGGGAUUGAACAGGACUAUAAAUCGAUGAGUCUAAAUAAACAGUGGCUGGGUUUGAACAUGGACAGAAAUCUCUUCCUAGUUGGGAAAGGAAGAUGGCGACUGUUGGUGUUGCUGGGACACUUUGGGGGAUCCAGAAGGCUAGAAAAUAUGGCAUGUUUCGAGCUGCGAUCCCAGCUCACUUGCCUCUCAUGUUUGCUACGUACUGGAUUGGCAAUCGCUGGAGCUUGGUACAAGCGAGGCGACGGAGGGAAAAAGGGAGGGACCGCAACAGGGCUUAAUUUUGCUUGCAGAAUGAACAAUUUUGCUUCCAGAAUUGCAGAAUAGGCUUAAUUGCAGAAUUCUGGAAGCAAGGCAAUUCAGGUUACUUUGAAUCUCGGAAUCUUCCUCCCUGACUUGCACCCAAGUGAACAAGCUAUCUAUAAAACAAAAAAGAGACCAUAAUGGUCAACGCGACAGUGGAUUCAAAAUGACACCGUCAAUUUGACGUGUCUACAUAAUAUGGGGUUGGACUUGUACGUAGUGCCAUGUACAGCAGGGAAUGAGUCAGUUCAACUGCAUAUUCAGAGAGAGAUAGAGAGCAGCUAGCACAAUAUGGUGAAGACUGCUACGGCCACAUCAAGCACCGUUUCCUACGCAUUUUGCGCAACUUGAGGAAAGAAAACUGUUACAAUCGUGUUUGUACUAUUUCACUCGAUGAGCGGGUUUAUAGAUCUUGAUUGCAUGAUGUGGGUGCGGUCAGAACAAUUUCAAUGUGGUUACAUCGCUUGUAAUCCUUGGUCGGAUCGGUACUCA